GUAUUGCAGGAGUGUGUGUGUGUGUGAUUCAGUGCAAAUCGAUUCAGCAGAAUGAUUCGUUCAGAGGGCCGAUUCGGUCUCGAAUCUCGCAUCAGAACAGAAGCAGCGAUCGACGAGCGACACUUUUGGCUCUGCCUGUGACAGAGUGUGUAUCGGAGCCGUGCUGUGUAUGCGUGUGUGUUUAUGAGAAAAAGAGAGAGAGAGAAAGAGAGACCGAGAGCGCGUGUGUGUGCAUGCGUAUGUGUGAGUGAGUGAGAGAGUGUGUGUGUGUGUGUGUGUGUGUGUCCCCUGGCCGAGCUUCUCUGCAGCUGCGACUCUUCAAUGGAGCUCAUUGUCGCGGUGUCGCGCUCGUAGGCGUGCGGGAAAACCUCCCUCGCGUGCGGGGAAACCUUGCGUGUGGGAAAACCUCGUGCGUGCGCGACCGCCAGACGCUCCAGUUUUGCGGCUUUGCGUUGCGCGUGGCUCCGUCUGGAGCGCAGCAGCAGUCACCUACUUCUUUCUUUCAUUCAUUCUUUCUUUCUUGUUCUUCUGUUUGGAGGAAUCAGAGGCAACGGGUUUAAACUCGGACCACCGGAUCUUUGCGUUCACACUGGGAGCACGCGCAGGGAAAGUGACGGAUUGGCACUCCUGAUUCAGCCGUGAUCAACAUCCAGUUCUCCUGUGGUCCAUCUCAUCAAUCACUGCUGCUCCUGGUCUCCAUUGCCUUUCCACGCAGAGAACGAACUCCCAAGCAAACCGCCCACUGCUGGAUAUCUUGUGCCUCUUUGUCACCCCGAAUUGACUUUUCCUCACCCUUCAUUUUUCUCCUCUGGCCCACAUCAUGAGCAGGGCGAGCCGUGGGGUCUGGAGUGGACUGACGGCACUCAGUGUGUUGGUGCUGGUCCAGUGGGUGGGGACGUGCUGGGCCAUGACGCUGAACUCGGUUCGUCUGAGUCCAGAGCCAGACGCACCACUCAGAGUCGAGGAUGAGGACGCAGUACUCCACAGACACAAGAGGAACUGGGUAUGGAACCAGUUCUUCGUCCUGGAGGAGUACACAGGAGAUGACCCUCUCUACGUCGGCAAGCUGCACUCUGAUGUGGAUAAAGGUGAAGGCAGGAUAAAGUACGUCCUUACUGGUGAAGGCGCCACCACCAUUUUCACAAUCGACGAGAACACGGGCGACAUCCAUGCUACGAAACGCCUGGACCGAGAGGAGCAAGCCUAUUACACGCUACGUGCUCAGGCCCGCGACCGCGCCACCAACCUGCCCGUCGAACCUGAAUCCGAAUUCGUCAUCAAGGUGCAAGAUAUCAACGACAAUGAGCCUCGGUUUCCAGAUGGACCGUACCAAGCGCAAGUGGCCGAAAUGUCUCCAGUGGGUACGUCGGUGGUGGAGGUGAAGGCAACAGACGCAGACGAUCCUACAUACGGAAACAGCGCCAGAGUCGUCUACAGCAUCCUGGAAGGCCAGCCGUAUUUUUCAGUGGAACCCAAAACAGGUAUCGUGAGGACGGCGCUGCCCAACAUGGACCGCGAGGCAAGGGAUCAGUACCUGCUCGUCAUCCAGGCUAAAGACAUGGGAGGUCAGAUGGGUGGCCUCUCAGGAACCACGUCCAUCACCGUCACCUUAACCGACGUCAACGACAAUCCUCCACGCUUUUCACGAAAAUCCUAUCAGUUCAGCGUGCCCGAGUCGCUGCCUGUGGCUUCUGUGGUGGCCAAGAUAAAGGCCUUGGAUGCAGACGUGGGCCCCAACGCUGAGAUGGAGUACAGAAUUAUCGAAGGAGAUGGCCUUGGGGUUUUCAGGGUCGAGCCAGACAAAGACACUCAGGAAGGAGUUAUAACUCUGCUGAAGAGCCUCGACUUUGAAACAAAGUCGAGCUACACUUUAAAAAUCGAAGCGUCCAACAAGCACAUGGAUCCUCGCUUCCGAGCGCAGGGGCCGUUCAGCGACACGGCGAUGGUCAAGCUGGUGGUGGAGAACGUGGACGAGCCGCCGGUUUUCACGAUGCCCGUCAGCAGGAUGGUGGUCUCCGAGGCAGCGAAAGUGGGCACCAUCAUUGGCACGGUUUCCGCCACGGACCCCGACUCCACCAACAGCCCUAUCAGGUACUCGAUCGACCGGAACACCGAUCUGGAGCGUUUCUUCAACAUCGAAGCUGUGACUGGAGUCAUCAGCACGGCCAAGCCUUUAGACCGAGAGAUGAAUGCGGUGCACAACAUCACCAUCCUCGCCAUUGAAAGCUUGGACCCGUCGCAGGUGGGGAAAGGAAUCACCCUCAUCACGGUGAUGGAUGUCAAUGAUAACGCUCCUGUCUUCGCCAUAGAGUACGAGACGUUCCUGUGUGAGAACGCCGGACCAGGCCAGGUGAUCGAGACGGUGAGUGCGGUGGAUAAAGACGAGCCUCCCAGCGGCCAUCGCUUCUUCUUCUCCCUGACUGCAGAGGCUGCUGGGAACCACAACUUUACCCUGCGGGACAACAAAGAUAACACAGCGUCCAUCCUGACUAAGCGUGGAGGAUUUCACAGGCGAGAGCAGCCGCUGUACCGUCUGCCCGUGCUGAUAGUGGACAGCGGGAGUCCGUCUCUCAGCAGCACCAACACUCUGUCCAUCCGGGUGUGUGAGUGCGACUCUGACGGAGCUCCACAGGCCUGCGGGACAGAGGCUUUCCUCCUGACGGCCGGACUGAGCACCGGAGCGCUCACAGCCAUCCUGGCCUGCAUCAUGACACUGCUUGUGCUCGUGCUGCUGAUCGUGACGGUACGCCGGAGGAAGAAGGAGCCGCUGAUUGUGGAUGACGAGCGAGAUGUGCGCGAGAACAUUGUGCGCUAUGACGACGAAGGCGGCGGAGAGGAAGACACCGAGGCCUUCGACAUGGCGGCUCUGCGCCACCUCAACGCCACGCGAGAGAGUAAAACGCGACGUGACGUGACGCCCGACAUCCCCGCCGUACCCACUCUGUACCACACCCGCCCCCCGCCGUACAAAAUGGCUCCCGAUAACGGUGUUUUCCGCGAGUUCAUAUGGGAGCGGCUGAAGGAAGCGGACGUGGAUCCUUCAGCUCCGCCGUACGACUCGCUCCAGACGUACGCCUUCGAGGGCAACGGCUCGGCGGCGCAGUCGCUCAGCUCUCUCGAGUCGCUCAGCACUGACUCGGAGCACAACUACGAUUUCCUGAGCGACUGGGGGCCGCGUUUCAAAAAGCUGGCUGAUCUCUACGGCCACAGUGAAGCCAGCAACAUGUUCUCCUCCUAGCUGGAGGGUCGAUUCGUCAACCCUUGGAAAUGAAAACGAACAGUCACCGACCGAGUGCCAAUGACUCACCAGUACUUGAAGGAAACCAGGACGGACACUUUUUAUUCCAACGAAAAAGGAUGGUGGAAAAAAAAAACCAACAACAUAAAAGACCAACCAGUGACAGACGCCAGAGAUGGCAUAAUCCCCCAAAAAAGGUGUAAGGAAGAAUUAUAAAAAAUAUUAUUAUAUAUAUAUACGGAACAUUCGUAUUGUAGUGUGUGUGGGAAGAGAAAUAUUGGCAUCGAUUUCCCACUGAACCGUCGAUAAUCGUCUCCGAGGACAGACUGUGGAUUCUUACAUUGUGGCACUUGGAUUUAAACUCCCAACAAGACGCCAAGCUCAGACACAGAAAGGAUGGAGCAGGGAUAAAGGGCAGAGGGUGGAGGCGUGCGCGAGAGUCCGUCCUUGCACGGAAUUUGUUUUGCAGAGACUUUCAGAGGCGGUGAUGAAUCAGAACAGUCCUCCCUCCCUCCCUGCCUGGCUGGCGAGCGAGAUCUGCUGCUGCCUCGUAACCCAUGUUCUCCAGUGGUAUCGCAAUGUUUCUGUUCUUUCACAUCUUUCUAUGACUCACAGCUUCUUCAGCUACAAAAAAAAAAAAAAAAUCAAUAUGAAUCAAGUCACCGAAAUACUCUCGAAAGACAUAUUGCCUUCUAAGGUAAUGCAACUGUCGCUGUGUAAAAUAUCUUUCAUCUGACAUCAGGCUUUAGUUUCAUAUGAAAUAAAGCAUCAGUGUUGAUGAAGAAUCGCCAAACCACUGAUUUAGAGGGAAAGAAGAGAAGAGGUUUACGUGUACUAUAUUGCUUACUCGGGAUGAGAUUUGAGUCCUUGCAAGUGUUCUUCAGCUUCGGAAAAGUGUUUUGUGCAGCAGGAACAUUGAAACAGUGUGGAAUUGAAGGAUUAAACCAAUCCAUCUCUCUCUCUCUCUCUCUCUCUCUCUCUCUCUCUCUCUCUCUCUCUCUUCUCAAUGCCGAAAAACAAAUGUGUUUGUAGUGUCAGGUUCUGCCUCAUGUACCGUGUACUGUAAGUACGUUCUGGAUGAUUAUUGUGCAAGUCGUUUUUUUAAUGUUUUUUUUGUUUUUUUUUGUUUGUUUGUUUGUUUGUUUUUUCUACCUAAGACCAGCCAAGCUGUUGCAGACAUGAGGCAACUGAGACAUUGUUAAUACACAAAACCCGUCCGUUCUGUCUUACAGCUUCUCUCAUUUCCACUUAUGAAUGACACAAAAUGAAAACGUGAUUUGAAACUAUGCUUUGAAAGAUUCCUCAUUUACACCAUAAUUGAAAUAUGGACUUCUUUUGUACAGUCGUUAAGUAAAUAAAAAUGCACAGCUUCUUUUUAA